AUGGAUGUGACUGGCAAGACAAAAGAUAAUGUUAAGGCGAGACUUGACUUACCAGAACAUUGUAGACGACCGGAGUUGCAUUUACAGGAGUCUGCCAACAACAAGUUACUUAAGCCUAAGGCUAGUUAUUCAUUCACAAUGGAACAUAACAGAAAAAUUUGUGAGUGGGUGGAAAGCUUGAAAAUGCCAGAUGGAUAUGCCUCAAAUUUGGGAAAGAGGGUUGACAUUGAGUGUGGAAUAUUACAUGGGAUGAAAAGUCAUGACUGUCAUGUUUUCAUGGAACAAUUACUUCCUAUUGCUUUUUGUGGAUUGCCUGAAAACAUAUGGAAACCGAUGACAGAGAUCAAUUUGUUCUUCAAAGACUUAUGUUCCAGCACAUUGAGAGUAGAGAAUCUGGUUCAGAUGGCCAAAAACAUCGUUGUUAUUAGUAAUAAGUUGGAGAAGAUUCUUCCACCUGGGUUCUUUGAUGUGAUGGAACAUCUUCCCAUUCACCUUGUUCAUGAAGCCCUACUGGGAGGUCCAGUCCAAUAUAGGUGGAUGUAUCCUUUUGAGCGGAGCAUUGGCAAGUCUAAAAGGGGUAUUAAGAAUAAACCUAGGGUGGAGGGCUCUAUGGUUCAAGUAUAUCUAGCUAAAGAAAGAUCCCACUUUUGUUCUUACUACUUUGAUGAUUAUGUGUCGUGUUUGAGAAACAGACCUAAUCGACAUGAUGAUACUAGGAAUGAUCCUUCAGUACAAUCAUUAUCAAUCUUCAACCAAUCGGGUAAGGGUUCAAAAAAGCGUACACUGCGCAAACUUACCGAAAAGGAGAAAAAAUCCGUAGAGCUUCACGUCUUGUUGAAUUGUCCAGAAGUCCAACCCUUCUAA